AUGGCCAGUAUGAUGACAGAGAUUGUUGCUUUCCUGUUUACCAUAUCUGGCUGGGUUUUGAUCUCCUCCACGCUCCCAACUGACUACUGGAAAGUGUCAUCCGUUGAUGGGACAGUCAUCACCACGGCAACCUUUUGGUCCAAUCUCUGGAAGACGUGUGUUACGGAUUCCACUGGAGUUUCCAAUUGCAAGGAUUUUCCUUCUAUGCUCGCACUGGAUGCUUAUAUCCAGGUGUGUCGUGGGCUGAUGAUCUCAGCUGUGUGUCUGGGAUUCUUUGGAGCUAUCCUGGCUCUAGUGGGCAUGAAGUGUACCAAGAUAGGGGGUUCAGAGACCACCAAAGCCAGGAUCGCCUGCCUAAGUGGGCUACACUUUAUUCUCAGCGGAAUCUGCUCCAUGACGGCCUGUUCUCUAUAUGCACACAGAAUAAGAUCAGAGUUCUUUGACCCCUUAUUUGUAAAACAGAAGUUUGAACUUGGGGCGGCAUUGUUUAUUGGCUGGUCUGGAUCUGUUCUUGGCAUUGUUGGAGGCUUCAUCUUUUGCUUUUCCAUGACUGAGGGAUUCAAAAUCAGGGAGUACUCCUACAAUGGUGAGACAUCCAUCAUAUCAACACGAAACAAGGUUGCCAAGACCAAUAAGAAUUCUGAGGCUCUUCAGAAAGAUCCUUCAGAACAGAUCUUCUCUGGCAGACAGUUUGGGAGGAAUGCAUAUGUUUGAUUUAAGGUUCCUCAAAACACCUGGAAAUGAUAACAAAUGAAGCCUAUUCACUGUGUACAGUCUACUAUCAAACAAAUCUUCAAAAGAAGAACCGAAGAUCUCAUUACAUUAAGCUGCUUUCAUCGUUUCAUAGCACGAUUAUUUCACAUAGGCAAACUUCUGAAACAUAUCUUCUACCUGGGUAAAUCCACAAGGAACUUUUAAACACUGCAUUUUAAUGCACAAAGUUAUUUUGAUGAGAUAUGACUUUAUGUACUGAAGGUUUUUGAUCUGCAUUAUUUCAGUUCACUCUAUUUCACCACUAUAUUACCCAUCAGAAACCUCAAGAAAGCUUUCCGAGUCUGACAACAUGAACCAAAUUGCCAAAUAUCAUCUCUUGGCACUAUGAACUAACCCUAAGUUUGGUGAACUGUUGACAAACUUUACCGGAGAAGACAGGGACCACAGUUGUGCUUCACUGACCACAGGAUCAUGGUGUCUCAAUUCCGGAAAUUGAGUCGGAAAUCACAUAUUGCUCCGGAGAUGGAGUCUCUCCUCACCUCCUGAUCAGUGAAACCCUACACUCUGACCACAGUUUUCAGAGCUUUCAAGUCUGUGGGCUGCUGCUGGUUGGCAGAGUACUCUAGUUCUGUCAGAUACUUCCUUAAAACAAGUGUUCAAUGUCUCUGUGCUCAUUUUGUAAGAAGGUUUUAAAGUAUUUUGUGACAUAAAAAAAGAGCAUAAUCUUCAGUUUUGGACUGAGCUUCAAAAUGUGGGUGGGCUUUAUAUUACAAACCUGGAGACAAUUAACAAAAGGACAUUGACAUAUUGUUUUGGAAUUAGUGUUUUUAAAUGUUCAAGCAUGAAAUCUACAAGUAAUCUUAAAGGGGUCACGAAAUGGUCUUUAAAAAAAAAAGUAUUAUCUUCCCUGAGGUCCAAUAAUGUUAGUACCGUUUUUUUAAUGCUCUUUUAGCAUUUGCUCCUCCUUAAAACUUCGAGCAGCCCUAUUUUUGAAACUCAGUUUGAAGAGAAUGAACAAGCUCCACAAUAUUAUAAAACUACAUUUCAGAGGUUACACAUAAGGCACAUCCAACAUAUUACAUCUGAAUAUAUUAAACUGUUAAUUUCAAGCACAACUGUUAACACUUGCACUAAAUCUAAAAAAUCUAAAUCUAAAUCUACUGCAAACCUUCUGCAAAUUUACCGGUUGUUAUUUUCACAUAAAAAUGAGCUUUUGACUUGCCGCAAAUGUUGGCAAAUUUUAGCCGGUAGUGGCGAACCUCCGACAAACCUUUGGCAGCAAUGGACAGUUUGCCGCAAAGCUCAUUUGCAUGUGAAAAGGAUCAGUGGCUAAUUUGCCAUGAACUCUCGAUUUUUGUAAGGGUAUUAUUUUACCCUUUAUUUUACCUAAGGGUAUUUAUAUUUGACCCCAAAUCAAUAAAGACAUAAAUUACAUCAUAUUUUGCAUAAAGAGAAUGAAGGCUACAUUUAGGACCAGUAAAUU